AUGAAUUUGCAAAAAUAUCUUGAAUGUGUCUUCGAGAGUUUGAAGCCAGAAGCUCCAUUUGUAGAGGAACGAAGCAAGUGCUUUGUUGCCCUCAGAUGGGGCCCACCUGAAGCUUUCCAGUUCAUCGGAGACCAACUCAUCUACAGGAUUGAGAGAUACAACAAAAUGCCUCCAUGGGUUGUGGAAUAUAGCGGUGGAAAAAUGUCGAAAAUCAUUGACAAUCUGUCACCGCGACACCCGUAUAGAUUCCGUCUCAGAAUACAAUUGAAGUGUUCAGCCGUGCCGACACUAGCAGAUGAGGCUCUAAAGCAUUAUGACAAUGAAUCGCUUAUCUACGACACUAUGAAAGAUUUGGUAGAUCCGAGUGAUAACAAAAAAGAAAGUAACGAAGAUGUUAUUGGAGGAAUGGAUACUUCAGUUGUACAAGUAAAUGAUGAUACUAUUAGUACUGAUGACAAUAAGAAACAUAAGUCCGUUAAAAAACUUGGAACAGCUAAGAAUUGGUUGGAUUCCCAGUGGUCUGACGAAGUAUGGACCAGCACCGACACGGAUGGCACCUCCGUUGUAUGCUUCUGCAUGGCUGUUCGAUGCGGAUAUACCAAACAAGUCCAAGUUAUGUUAGAAGAGCGGCCGGCGCUGGUUGGUAUACUCAAUUCGAGUAAUGGCUUCACACCACUCGCCACUGCAGUCAGAAAAGGUGACAUUAAUAUGGUGAAGUUCCUUAUAUCAGCUGGAGCUGAACUGGAGCAGAGGUCGUCAACAGGACAAACGGCACUGCACCUGGCGGUACUCGGCAGACAUCCAAAUAUUGUGGAACUAUUGCUCGAGAGGGGAGCCGAUUUCAAAGCUCAUGACGUGAACGGUCUGCGCGUGGAGCACUAUGCUGUAGACUCAUGCGACCUGGACAUGCUGCGGCUGGUACUAGAUAAGGGUGGUGACGUCAAAGUCACCGACAACAACGGGUGGACGCCGCUCUUCAGAGCAUUGUGUCAAGGUGCUUCGACAGCUAUGGUAGAAGAGCUGAUGGUGCGUGGAAGUGACCCUGGUAUCCAGGACUAUGCAGGUCUACCACUCACGUCCGUUGCCCGCUUGCUCAACAACAGACAUGGACGGAGUCGGGACUCUGUGCUGAGGCUGGUGGACUCCACCUACCCACACGAGAAAGCGCUUGCUAAUUUCACACGACUCACCAAGAAAAUAUAUAACGUUCAUACUGUUUUUAAAUAA